AUGAUCGAUACUACUAAACUACUCUUGCCUUUAUCAGAUACGAAAAAGAAUAUUGUAUUAUUACUUAAUGGAUGUUUUAAUCCAAUACAUAAUAAUCAUAUUCGUUUAUUAGAAUUAGCACGCGAACAUUUAAAUUCAUUAGAUAUUUAUCAUGUUAUUGGUGGUUAUAUUUCACCAACUCAUGAUGAUAGUAUUCUAAGAAAAAUAUCUGUUCUUCAUACAACAUGGCAAAAUCGUCUCGAAAUAUGUUGUUUAGCUGUUCAUGAUUCAUCAUGGAUUAUGGUUGAUCGAUGGCAAAUAUCUCAAGAGAAAAAUCAUGGUGCACAACAAUCUAAACAACAUUUAAGUGAUUUUCUAAAGAAAAUGUAUCCUUCCAUUGAAGUUGUAUCCAUAUGUGGUGGUGAUGCAUUACCAAAACUGAAAUCAACAUUUAAAAAAGAACUUGUUAUAUGUAUAAUUAAUCGACCAAUAGAUGAUUUUGAUUUUAAUCAAUGGUUUCAAUCAUCAACAAUAAAACCUUAUCAUAAUAAUAUUAUUGUUCUAUAUGAUAAUGAAUGUAUAAAAAAUAUAAGUAGUACUUAUAUUCGUCAACAAAUAAGUAAAAAUCUUUAUGAUACUCUUAUUGAUAUUCUUCAUCCAUCAGCACUUAAUUAUCAUCAUGAACAUAAUAUUAAUUAUCGUCGAUCAAAUGAAACAAUUCUUUGGUCAGAUUUUGAUGAUAAUGAAACUAUUGAACUUGGUCAUGGUCGAUGUGCUACUGUUUAUGCUAAACAAUAUAAAAAGCAACAAGUUGCUGUUAAAGUUAUUCGUGAACGUAAACAAUUUGAACAUGAAUCAAAAAUUUUAACAUUAUUAGUUAAUGAUUCAUCUUAUCAUAUAAAUAUAAUUCGAAUAUUUGGAAUAGGUGAUCAAUUUUGUGUUAUGGAAAAAUGUGAUAUUGAUCUCCUUUCAUAUAUUAAAUUAAAUCGAACAUCAAUAAAUCAAACAUUACGAACCAUUUUUCCAAAUCAACAAUGGUUUCAAUUAAUUGAACAAAUGCUUUCCGGUUUUAUUCAUCUUAUUUCACUUGGAAUUCUUCAUCGUGAUAUAAAAACAGAUAAUAUUCUUUUAUCAAAUAUGAUUGUUAAAAUAUCAGAUUUUAGUGUAUCAAUUAAUGAAAAUUCAAUAACAAAAAUGCCAUUAAGAGGAUCCAUACGUCAUUAUGCACCAGAAGCUAUUGAAGAUAAAAAAGUUUAUACAGAAAAAGCUGAUAUUUAUAUGUUUGGAUGUUUACUUUAUGAAAUAGUUCAUGGUGGCGAACGUAUUUGGAGUGAAAAAUCUACACACGAUGUUGUUCAACAACGUUUAAAUGGUGAAAAACCAAUAUUUUCUGUACAAUCUGAACCAUGGUAUAUUGAUAUAGUUGUACAUGAUUGUUGGGGAAUGGAUCCUAAUCAACGACCAACAUUUGAACAAUUACUAGAAAAAACUCGUUCGAAACAAUAA